ACAUGCUGGCAUGUAUCAGUGAAUCGUGGAUUGUCUAAUAAAUAUGUGAUUCGCGUUAUCGCACUGUUUUUUAUUGCGUCGUUUUAAUAUGUGACCAGUACAUUAAAAGGUAUUCUUGAUGGCAAUAGAUUGAUUACAUCUGAGUCAGUCUCAGCGUACUUUGUCCAAAACGCAAAAUAGUGAAACUACGAAUGUGAUAAUUUAGACUUGUUGGCUGUAUUAUUGUGGAAGAUAUAUAUUGUAAAAAAAAAAACAAUGAGUUGGCUACGAACCAAUCCGUUGCGAACGAGCUUCAGCAAACAGCGAUCCAGGGACUCACCACCAAAGGACGCUGAUCCAUCUGCAUGUUAUGACAGCUUUUGCAAACAUUCACAACAGAUAUACGAAAUCAUUCUGCAUUCUUUACCUCCUAAAGGGAUACCUAGUCAAGAUGAUGUACUUGGAGUUGUUAAUCACAUUGACCAAAUGGUGACAUUAUUGAUACUAGAGUUACGGGAUUCGAAUUCACAUAAUCAUUAUCAACAGGGUAACACUGCAACACAUUCUCCGUGUUUAGAAUAUUUAUUAAGUGAAAAUUUACUUGUUAAAUUAUACGAUUGGAGUAUACAUACAGGAAGAUUUAAUAAUGCAGUAAGAUUGGAACAAAUAAAGCUUUAUGAAUUAUUAGUUUCACAUAGUGGUACUCUUCUUGCACAUGAAACAGUUACGAGGCCACUUCUACGAUUGUUAGAAGAAUGUUCAAACGAUAUUAUGCCAUUAGAAAUAGAAAAAAAAUUAGUAGUACUAUUGAAUCAGUUAUGUGUUGCUUUAAUGCAAAAUAUGGCGUUACUUGAUUUGUUCUUUCAUCCAACUGCAUCCGGAAAAAAUAAAUUUAUUAUAUUUAAUCUAUUAAUACCUCAUAUUCAUCGAGAAGGAGGUGUUGGUCAGCAAGCGCGUGAUGCUAUGUUAUUGUGUAUGUCACUUUCAAAAAAAAAUGACGAAAUUGGAUUAUACAUUGCUGAUCGUUCCAAUAUAUGUCCUGUACUAGCUACAGGAUUGAGUGGUCUUUAUUCUUUACUUCCAAGGAAACUUAACAUUGAAACAGAUGAUUGGCAUCAAUUGACACCGGAUGAUGUAAAUGACUUACCUGCACUUACACAACUCAUGAAUUCUCUAGAAUUCUGCAAUGCAGUUACACAAGUAGCACAUCCGAUGGUACAAAAACAGUUACUUGAAUUUUUAUAUCAAGGUUUUCUAAUUCCUGUCAUAGGUCCAGCAUUAUUACAAACGACCGUGGAAGAAUUGGUUACAGCAACGGCUUAUUUUGAUUUGUUUCUUCGAUCUGUAACUGAUCCUGGCUUGUUGCGAUCACUCGUUAGAUUUCUGUUAGAAAAUAAUUAUGAAGAUUGUAGAAUACUAGAUUGCCUAAUACAAAGGAUUUCUUCUCGAUCGAGGUUAUGCAUAGUUACUCUGGCGUUAUUUGAAACUCUAAUUAAUUUAAAUUGUGAAGAUAUCAUGUUGGAAUUGUGUUUGGGUGCAUUAAAUCCGUGUUCACACGUAAUGUUUUCUCAACGUAGUCGACUGAGAGAUGUAGAUCCUUUUGGACGAGCGGCAGAAAAAUUUUUAUCUUUAACACCACGUUGUUGUUCUGUAUUUACGCCAAUGGACUCGCAAACAAAUUCUUUACCUAACGUUGUACUAUCUACAUACGACAAAUAUGGAUGCAUUACAUCUGAUUCCAUGAAAUCGUUACCAGCAUCAAUAAAUUAUGGUACUAGAUUAUCAGAUAGCUUAUAUGGAAAUUAUCAUGCAUAUCUCUGUGAUGCCAGACAAAAAAUUAAAGCUUGCCGUAUUGCGUGUUCCAAUUGGUCUUGCCAGUAUGAUGGUAAUUUACCUCAACAUAGUAAUAUUAGCAUGACUACAUUGAUAGAUGAAAAUAUUGUAUCUGAUCAAUCACAGAAAAAGGCAGAAGGAUCUAGAACAUUGAAAAUGAUUAAGAAUGCAAUGAAAUCAUGCGAAAAUGAUAAUGAUGCAUCAUUGGACAAUGUGUUACUUAAUAUUCAAUCUUUAUUGGAAGGAAAAGAUUUAAAUAGUAAUGAACAUAAUUUUAAAAACGAAUUGAAUAUGGAUAUUGCAUUGUCUCUUGAUGAACAAGCACAAUUGGAUGCCGAUAUUGCAGAGUUGUUGAACGAAAACAUUGGAAUGACAGAAUGUACAGAAGAAACCUGUUUAAAUAAAAAAGAAUUCGAUAGCUGUAUAGAAGAUUCGACCACGGCUAUGAAUUCACUUAUAUCACUAGGUGAGAGUAGCGGCUACGAAAGCUUUGCGUUUAAAGGCUCGCCAGAGUCAACACCGGAUAAGGAAACCAAUGAAGAUCGGAUGAGUGAACAUGAAGAAACGCACAUUAUAAUUAAGAAAGAGAUUGAUGAUGUCCCUAUGCGUAAUGACGCGGAAUCAAACCCUCCAAUAAUUGUGAAAACAUCAUCGAAUAAAUUAAAUAAAGAUCCUUUGUACCGACAGGACGUUUUUAACGGUCAGCCAAAUGUUGGUAUAUUUUUAGAUGUGAUUUUACGAAAACUCGAGUGUAUGACAAGCAAUAAUUUAUAUGUCAAUUUACAUCUCACGGGCCUCAUUAGCAGAUUGGCAAUAUAUUCUCAACCGUUACUGCAAUCGUUUCUGUUAAACCAUUCUCUUGUAUUUCAACCCAGCAUCAAGUCUUUGUUUCAGGUGCUUGCAUCAUUAAAACAUAAAAUAGAUCAAUUUCUUUCAAAACAUAACAAUGUGGAUUUAUUAGUUGAACAAGCAAAAAUAUUUCUGAUUAAUCGAGAAAACAAAUUAGUAAAUGCGAGGAAAAAUGUAAUAGAAGCUGCUGCGCAAUCGUCAUCUAUUAAAAGACAAUCUUUAACUGGUGAACCAUUCUCAAGAGGGGAACCAAAAAGGAAAAGUUUGACAUCAUCAUUCACACAAAUGUUUAGACGAUCAAGUGGCGGUUUAGGUCCAAGUCUAACAAAUUCCAUCAAUCAGCCGUCCAGUAUAUCAGAAGAUCAGUUACAAAUAGUUGGAUCUGGAUAUAAGUAUACGAAAACUUCGUGGGAAUCACCGAAUGAAAUAAGCCCAGUGCAAAAUGUUGUACUAUGUUCUGUAAUUUUAGAUGAAUGGCUUAAAGAGCUCGCAGCAAUCACUCAGGAGCAUGCUAUUAUGUCCAUUACAGAUGGUAAUAGAUUUAUGUGAAUUUGGAAAAUGAAACAAGAGAGAACAUUUGAAAAUAUUCCCCUCCGCUUAUAUAUAUGUAAUUCAAAUGUAAAGAAAAUAAAAAAUAUGUAUUUUCGACAAAUUCAAUUCCGCGUAAUGCUGAAAUUAAUUUGGCACAUUUCUGAGUAAAAAUCAUGAAAUAUAAAAAAAUGUUUUAGACAAAAAUUUUAUCCUGCGCAAAAAGAAUAUAAUCGAGUAACACAAAAUGACAAUCACUCACUUGUUUGCUCGUUAUUUAUUGCACACAAGUGAAGACUGAUUUCGCGGUACUCUUGUCACACGGGUACUCAUGUGACACACAUACACAUAUGCACACAUUGAUCCGAAACAGUUGAAAACACGUAUAAUAGAAAAUAUUGUAAAAGGAUUAAAUGUUCUA